UUGUAAACGAUUGAUUUAAGACUGACGGAAAACUACAAAUCGAUAAUGCUGCGUUAAAGUAAAUCGUCUUAUCUAAAAUAGUUUGUGUCGUCUCCAAUGUCGAAGUUUUCCAGUUUGUGAUAAGUUUCGUCUGGGAAUAACAUUUAUAUCAAUGGAACUGCCAAUUGACAAAACGUUAUUAUUUCAGAAAUGUCCCGAACAACUACAAAAUACUAUUUCUAUCUGGCGGCGGUCAGGGACAAUUUGCUGCGGUGCCACUAAAUUUAAUAUCACGGACUGGUUCAGCCGACUAUGUAGUGACUGGUGCCUGGUCAGCAAAAUCCGCAAAGGAAGCGAAGAAGUACGGUAAGGUGAAUCUGGUAUUACCACCAACUGACCGUUACGUGGAAAUACCUGAUCAGUCAACCUGGUAACUCGACCCCAACGCAUCCUACGUCCAUAUUUGCACCAAUGAGACGAUACACGGAAUAGAAUUUGAUUUUAUCCCGGACACUAAAGGUGUGCCACUGGUUGCUGAUAUGUCUUCCAAUUUUAUGUCCAAGAAAAUUGAUGUUUCUAAAUUUGGAGUCAUUUACGGCGGUGCUCAAAAGAACUUAGGUACUUCUGGUGUUGCUCUGGUUAUAGUGAGGGAAGAUCUCUUAAACCCAGCGCUUCCCAUUUGCCCUUCAAUAUUGGAUUGGACCAUCAAUGCGAAAGCGGAUUCCAUUCCUAACACACCGAUGUUUGUAAUUGCCAAGAAAGAUAGAAGUAAAAUGAACAUUCCGUUUAGAAUUGGAUCUCUGAACGGUGAUGAUGUUUUGGAGAAGGAGUUCUUAAAGGGAGCUGAGGCUUUAGGUCUGAUACAAUUAAAGGGACAUAGGUAUUUAAAGUUUUAAGUAAUAAUAUUUCGUUCUAAAACUGUGUUCGUAAAU